GUUGUCGAGAGCGACUUCGCCAAGAACCUGGCCGAGGAGGAAACCGCGGAGUCCGACGCCGUGGCCGCGUUCGACAAGCGGACGCAGGAGAUCAAGGUCUCCAACGCGCUGAAGAGCCAGGACGUGACCUACAAAGUCCAGGAGUUCAAGGGCCUGGACAAGGACGUGAACGAGCUGGCCGCCGACCGCACCUCGACCAACGACGAGCUCACCGCCGUGUUGGAGUACUACGGGAAGGUGAAGGAACGCUGCAUCGCCAAGCCGGAGACCUACGAGGAGCGCGCGGCGCGCCGGCAGGCCGAGAUCAAGGGCCUGAAAGAAGCGCUCGCGAUCCUCAACGAUGAGACCGCGCCCAGCCUGCUCCAGGACUUUGUCACCGAUGCUGUUUUGGAGGACGGGGAGGAUAGUUGGCCACCAUGCUAA